AUGACACGCUGGGCCAUUUUCCUCGCAGCCUACUCCUAUCGCCUGGUACAUCGACCAGGGGCGGACAUGGGAAACGCCGACACACUCAGCCGCUGCCCACUACUAGACAAGCUGGACGACCCCACAUCCGGCGUCCCCAUCCUGCUGAUAGAUGUUUUGGACUCGGGGCCCAUCACAUCAGCAGAGACCUUCAUGGUCGUAGUCGAUGCCUUUUCCAAGUGGCUAGAGAUUAAGCUCAUGAGGGCCACUAUCACUGACGCAGUUAUCAGGGAACUGAGGCAGUUAUUCGCUACCCAUGGGUUACCGGACAUCCUAGUGUCAGACAAUGGGCCCCAAUUCACAGCCACACAAUUCGAGGGAUAUCUAGCAGAUUUGGGGGUCAGACAUGUCCUCUCGGCCCCGUUCCAUCCGGCUACCACAGGCCGAAGCCUGGCAGAACUAUUAACGGGGAGGAAGCUCCAAGGCGUACUGGAUAGGCUAAAUCCCAAUUAUUCCCCCGAGGUUUUCAAAGGGGGGGAGAGGAAACUCAGGGAGUUCACCAUAGAGACUCCAGUCCAUGCCAGGAACUACGGAAAGGGCCCACUCUGGGAAGCAGGGACAAUCACAGAAAUCACGGGGCCCAAAUCGUACAGGGUAGACAUGGGGGACAGGAGAGUUUGGUGCAGGCACAUAGAUCAACUGAGAAGGCGAAUCGCAACAGACACUGAGGAAAACUUCAACGAACUGCUCCCUGACUACCAGCCAGAACAACAAACUAAGUCAAGCCCGAGUGCAGCAGAGGACUUAGCUGACGAUCCUGGCAUCCGGAGCCGCCCCAGCGAGGAGUUUCCACCAGCCAGAGAAGUCUCCGCCCACGAGGAAAUCUCAGAGGUUCCAUUGGCGGAGCAGGGAGAAACAGGGAGUCCCUCCGACCUGGUUGACGCCGCCCCUCCGACUGAACUGCGCAGUGUGGUAACCAAGUUCUACCAACACGUCUUGGCUUUAACAUUUGCUGCGAAGGAGAUCAACAAGGAUCCUGACAUCUUGCCCAACAUCACUCUUGGAUUCCACAUCUAUGACAGCUAUUCUGAUCCACUAAUGACCUAUCGCACCACUCUGGACCUGCUUUUUAAGUUGCAUAAAAUUGUCCCCAACUAUAUUUGUGGGACUGAAAAGAAAGUGAUGGGAAUCAUUGGAGGGAUGAGCCCUGAAACUUCCAUACGCAUGGCAGAAAUUUUGCAGCUUUUCAAGAUCCCACAGAUUUCAUAUGGCUCAUUUCAAUUGGCCGUGACUGAUGAAUCACGUUUCCCCCCUUUUUAUCGCAUGGCCCCCGACGAAGCUUUCCAGUAUGAGGGUUUAGUCCAGCUCCUCCUGUACUUUGGCUGGAAAUGGGUAGGACUUGUCAUUGUAGAUGACAAAUAUGGAGAACAUUUCAUACAAACUCUGGAACCCAUGCUCUCUCAAAAUAAAAUCUGCUCCGAAUUCACCGAAAGGGUUGACAGAAAUUUAUAUUCUUCUGAAGGAUUUGACUUGAUUGAUCGUUGUCUGAGGCACAUUACUUUGUUCACAGAGAAAACAGCAAAUGCAGUUAUUAUACAUGGAGAAAAUGCAGUCUUUAUGUGGUUGGCCUCUAUUCUACAAGGCACCCAAUUUUUCCUUUCAACGCCUUUGGAUUCUUCACAGAAAAUUUCCAUACCAAAAAUUUGGAUCACAAUGGCCCAAAAUGAUUUCACAUUAUAUUCCUUACAAAGAGCUGUUGAUAUGCAAAUGUUCCAUGGGGCAAUUUCCUUCUCAAUUAGCACAAGAGAACUUCCAGGUUUCCAACAAUUUAUACAGGCCGUCACCCCAUCAGAGGCAAGUCAAGAUGGCUUUAUUAGAGAUUUCUGGAGCCAAGCUUUUUGCUGUUCACCACCAAAUAAUGGUGUUUCUCAAGAUGAGGAAUGUACUGGAGAGGAAAGACUAGAGGACCUUAUUGCACCCUUCUUUGAAACCAGAAUACUUGGCCAUAGUUACAGUAUCUAUAAUGCAAUCUAUGCUGUGGCUCAAGCAUUACGGGCUGCUCAAACAGUGAGGACUUAUCAGAAGAUACAAAAGGAUCAAGGGCGAUCAAAGAUUGUAGAAGCCUGGCAGCUCCAUUCAUUUCUGCAGAGAAUUUCCUUCAACAACAAUGCUGGAGAUGAAAUUAAAUUAAAUGAAGGAGGAGCACUAGAAGAUGGAUUUGACAUUGUAAAUUUGGUUACUUUCCCAAACAACUCCUAUAUCAACAUUCCAGUUGGAGAGAUAGAUCCACAAAGAGGAAACUUCCUUAUUCAUCAACACAAAAUCCAGUGGCAUCAUGGAUUCACUCAGGUCCCUCCUCCCUCAUUAUGUAAUGAGCCAUGUCCUCUUGGAAAAAGAAAGAACAAGAUCGAAGGGCAGAAGUUUUGCUGCUACACUUGUGCUCCCUGUCCAGGAAAAAUGAUAUCCAGACAAAUGGACAUGGAGAAUUGUGACAGUUGUCCAGAGGAUCAGUUUCCAAAUCAAGCUCACGAUGAGUGCAUUCCAAAGACACUGCAUUUCCUCUCCUUUGAAGAGCCACUGGGCAUUACUCUGGUGUCUCUGUCUCUUCUUUUUUCCCUACUUACAGCUUUGGUGUUUAUAAUCUUCAUUAAGCAACGGGACACUCCCAUUGUCAAAGCCAACAAUCGCAACCUCACCUACCUUCUACUUAUCUCCCUCUUUCUCUGUUUCCUCUGCUCAUUUCUGUUCAUUGGAAAGCCCAAUAGGGCGACCUGCCUCCUCCGACAAACUAAUUUCGGUAUCAUCUUCUCUAUUGCAAUCUCUUCUAUAUUGGCCAAAACCAUCACAGUCAUUGUAGCAUUCCUAGCAUCAAAGCCAGGAAGCCUAUUCCACAAAUGGGUGGGGCAAAAGUUGGCCUAUUCUAUUAUCUGGUUCUGUUCCUUCAUUCAAGUAGUUAUUUGUAUUGUUUGGCUGAGUACAUCUCCCCCAUUUCCACAUUUAGACAUGGAGACACUCUAUGGAGAAAUGAUAGUCGAAUGUCAUGAAGGCUCCAUCAUCAUGUUUUACUGUGUCUUGGGCUACAUGGGCCUCUUGGCUCUUCUCAGCUUCACUGUGGCCUUCAUAGCCAGGAAGUUGCCAGACAGUUUUAAUGAAGCCAAGUUCAUUACUUUCAGCAUGUUGGUUUUCUGUAGUGUUUGGCUGACCUUUCUCCCCACCUACCUGAGCACCAAGGGGAAGUACGUGGUGGCUGUGGAGAUCUUCUCAAUCCUGUCUUCUGAUGUUGGUUUACUGGGAUGCAUCUUCACUCCCAAAAUCUAUAUAAUUAUACUGAGGCCUGAACUCAACACUAGAGAGCAAUUAACGCAUAAGAAAUAAAAAAGGAACAAGAUUCCAUUUUCAAUAAGCAAAA